AUGGAGAUUUCCGAGGCGGAGAUGCAGAAAAAAGCACAAGCGGUUCUUGAUGGUGUUUUGCAGCGUGUCUCUCGCAUCCUCAACGAGCGUGCUGGGCAGCCUGCAGAGGAGGAGCCAGAGGCAGAAAUGGACGAUUUCGACCCGAAUGAUCCAGACCUACUUCUGCGACCAUCUGACAACAUACUUACACGAAGAGAUUCCAGGUGCAUCAUUAUGGAUGCCUUCGAGCUUGGGCGUGAAUUUCCAGAGGUUGACAUCGACCCACGGUUGGUCUUCGACAAUCCCACCAUAGAACAGCUUUCACAGGCAAUUGUGGACUUGCCAAAGACUCAGAGGACGAAGAGCCUCGAAAGUCAGAGCACCGCACAUCCGCAUGCCGGUCAUGACAUGGCGCCCUUUACACAGCUCACUGCGGGAGCGGUGGCUGUCGUGUCGACCCCCUACAGGGGGAUCGACGCCUCAGGACUUCGCUUCUCACGAGCGACCGAUGGCAUGGAAUGCAUACGGGUCCCAGGCGGUGAAGUCCGCAUUGGGGACGACUCUAUGCAGAGCGAGCGUGACAAUGAGGGCCCGAGCCAUCCAGUGCACCUGAGCAGCUUCCUGAUGGAUGUUGAGCCGGUGAGCAUGGGUGCCUUUGCGCGCUUCCUCAAUGCCGCGCAGCCGACACAGGACGAGCUCUUUGACUGGUGCCUUCUGCCAGCUGAAGAUGCGAGAUGCUGCCACAUACCCCUCACACUCACGGAGAGUGGUUGGCAGGUGAAGCCGGGAGUGCCCCCAAACUGGCCAAUGAUCCUUGUGUCCUGGUAUGGUGCCAAUGCCUACGCACUCUGGGCACAUGGUCGCGACUGGCACGGCUACAAAAGUGCGAGAGAGAGCUUUCUGCCCACAGAAGCUCAGUGGGAGUACGCUGCCCGUGGCGUCGAGCCCCUACAGUAUCCAUGGGGCAACGAGGAGGCAACGGCCGAGUUGCUGAAUGUUUGCUGGGAUACCAGCGCAUACGACAACAAGGGCAACAUGGCGGCACAUGUCGCCGCACCUUUGGAGGAGCUACCCCUGGUGGGGGUGAAUGCAUGCUUGGGAAUGUCUCCCUUUGGUUUCAGAGGAAUGGCUGGUAAUGUGUGGCAGUGGUGUCGUGACACGUACCACAGCAACUUUUACCUCGCAACGGAAGCGAGUCUACCCGAUGCCUGGAACUCUGAAGACGGUGCCCUCAAGAGCGAACGGGGAGGAAGCUGGGUAGGCCCCGCAUCGCUCGCGCGCAGCAGCUAUCGCAGAGGCCGGCACCCAGAGGCCAAGGGGCGAUGCUUGGGCUUCCGGUGUACGGCACCUGCCUCCAUUCUCGAGAACUAUCUGUCAUGGGUCUCCUUCCCCAAGCUUCAAUUCGAAAUCCGAUUGACCGCGCGAUGUUUCAACUGCCAAAACUGCUGCCUUUCUUGCAGUCUCGCCGAGGCUGUCCAAAUAUACGGAAGCAAGGAAGCCUUCCAGCGAGAACGCGUUAUCGGACAGCUGGAGCUUGACCGGAUACUGACACCGUCUGCUCCAGCCUCGGCUGGGAAGGGCUUUGCUCGUGUGAUGAGAGUAUGGCACCCUGAGAUCCGGGAUGCCUACGAGACGUUGCCGUUGACAACAGAGCCCGUGACAGACACAGCCCCCUCCGGGCUGGGCGAGCACCCAGAAAUCUCUGACGACCUCGACUGCGAUCCGCAACAACGGCCGCAGACCGAGCACGCGAUGGAGGAUGUGCAAUCAGUCCGCCGCGACAGAGCCGACAGCUUGUUUGAUCAGAAGGAGCCAAAGAACUUCUUGCCUCCCGGUGCCAACCCUGCAGAGAAACACUUGGCAUGGACGCGCCGGUUGGAGGAGACUGACAACUUCGUGGUGGAUGCCGAGGAUGCAUAUGGUGAUCUGGCUGGGGGCUUACAGCAUGAUUUUGCAAGACGCCACAGUGCCGUGGGCUCAGAGUUGAAGAUAGUUGAAGACCAGCCCAAGUCGGUUAAAGGAGCCUACCUAGGAAGAACCGCACCAGAAGCACAACCAGCCCAAAUGGACUGCCAACCUUGGCACAAUACCGGUGACAGCUGUGGUAGGCAUCGGUGGCUGAUUAUGCAGGACCACGAGUUCUCGUCCAUUGCAAAGGAUUUGCCGGGGUUUCGGCAUUCCUUCUGCAAAAGCGUUUGUUCCUCGCUGGGGUUGCCAGCACAUGGCAACUGCGUGGAGGUCGUGAAUGUCACAAACGGCAGUGCGACUGCGAUCAUCGCGGAGUUCCUAUUGCGGCCCCGCUCUCACACAGACUCGCGAACUGGCUUAGAACUUGCUCAGCUUCUGGAGAAGCAGAUCACUUCACCUUAUAGUGCAUUGCGAAGGGGCCCGAUCGGCAAAUACCUGGGCAACGCCUUCCUGUUGUCAGCAGCAUCCCAGACGGUGUGUGACAGCGAGCUCUUGGGUCCGGAAGAGUCCCAAGGUCUUAAAGGACCUGUGCAUCUCAACACAAAAACCAGCUAUGAAUCAUGGGGCUGGUCCUCGCCGCCUCCUGCACAGCAGAGCUUGGAUCCUGCCAGAGCACAGCAAGCACAGACUUUUUGCUGCUUUCGGCCGAGCAGCUGCAACUUUGGCUGGGCCUUCCUGGACAGCCGAGUCUCCGCCUGGUCAACGGGAGAAGGAGGGAACUAUGGAGACAUUGUGCGAGUGCACAUGGCUCUCGAUGGUGCACCUCUUCCCAGCAUCAUCGCCAAACGGAUCCGGCCCAAAGAAGGCCUUGAGGUUGGAGACAUGCUGAAGCUCACCGAGCACACUCGCUUCAUGCAGGGCUUCCAGAUCGAGGCCGCUGCAUACAAGAACCUCUCCGAGGAGCUUCUUGCAGUCGACCUUGCAGUUCCCCGCACCUUUGCAGGUGUUUUGCAUGUCGAGGAGGUUGAGCUGGGCGACCCCUUCGUGAUAUUGCUGGAGGAUCUUUCUUUGCGCUUCCCACGGGGUGCCGGAGCAGCUGUUCGCCACUUCCGCGGCGCCGAAACACUGGCAGCCCUGAGGUGGCUUGCAGGCUUCCAUGCCCUUUUCUGGGAGAAGCCUUUCGCUCAGCAGCGUGGGCUCUGGCAGCAAGGCAGCUACUGGAUCCUGGACAAGCUUGGGCAGCUUCAGCUCGAAGCUCUGCCUGCUGAUUUCAGCAACCGCUACCUCACGGCUCAGGAGACGCAGAGGCUCCGCAGAGCAGCUCUCGCUGUGCAUCAACGUCUGGCCGGCAAAGAUCCGGAACAUCCUGGAAAGACGAACUCCCGCUUUCGCACACUGGUGCAUGGCGAUGCGAAGCCUGAGAACAUGCUUUGCAGCGAGGGCCUGGCGCCUCGCUGCGCAGCUUUGGACUUCGGCUGGGUCGGCGAAGGUUACGGUGUGCGUGAUGUGGCAUAUUUGCUUUGGGACCAGAUAGCAACAAACGUGGUCGAGGACUUGUUGUCCGAGUAUCACACCAUGUUGUUGGACCAGCUGCCGCCUGCUGCAAGAUCUCCAUACUCGCGAACCGUCUUGAAGCAACACUUUGAUCUGGCCGUGCUGGACUUUAUUCGCUGGGAGCUCGGAUUCAAAGGCGGCACGCACUUCUGGGCGAUGCCCUGGGCAAUCCAGACUGUUCGCACUGUGCUCGACCAACUGGACGGGGGUGUCGUGCGCUCACCAGCGCACUAUGCGACAGCCGUGGCCCGCGACGUGAAGCUUCCGGCUACCGUGCAAGAUGGUGAGGCACAAACUGACAGCUACGAGCCUGACGCUCUGUGUGACUAA